AUGGCGAAUUUAUUAAGUAUGUCUGGUGAUUGUUCUGUUUCGGAACCCUGUGACAAUUCGGUAGCCAUCUAUGAGGCGAAUGAAGAUGAUAUGGAGACAAUGGAAACAGAAACAAUAGUUGAAGAAUUUGUGAGGCUGAAGUUAAAACAAAACACUGGCAUCAUUCAACGUCGACGAACCUCGACUGAUAUGGAAACGCAAGCUCUCAUUGGUCGUCUUAUAGAAAUAUCAAAUGAACUGGAGGCUCAGUAUGGUGAACGUUUGAAUCGAGACGCUGAAAUGUGGAUAAAGUCGGCUACUUAUGACAAAUUCCUGCAGAUUGCGAAGGGAGUCUUUUCAGAUGGAGUUAUCAACUGGUCACGCAUAGUAGUGCUGUUCAUGUUUGCUGUUAAAGUGGUGUUCAAUGCAGUUUCAAAAGGCUUUAGUGGUCUUGCCGGAGAUGUGAUACGCUUUGUUGUCAAAUUCAUUUUUAUUCAUGGCAUAUACACAUGGAUACAAAGUCAUGGUGGUUGGGUGGCUGUUCUACGCGAAUAUACCCCACAUUCUAAUUCAAGUGGUCUGAUCGUAUUCGGCCUUACUCUUUUGAUUGUUUGUUUAUUGUUAUCAAGGAAGAUUUAG